AUGGGUGUCCGAGAAGCUGGCCGUCAGUUUGGUGUUCCCGAAGCUACCUUGAGACGCAGAAAGAAGAAACGAGAUAUUCACAGUCAUAAUCUAGGCCCCUCGUCUGCGCUGGGUCCUAAAAAUGAAAUGAAAAUUGUAAGCCAUAUUAAGAAGCAAAAGCAUGGAUUUGCUCCAUCCAGAUCUUUUGUGCGCUCCAUGGCUUUUCAGUUAGCAGAACAGUUGAAGUUACCGCACAAAUUUAAUAGGGAAUCCUGCAAGGCAGGUUAUCCAUGGCUAGAAUCAUUUUUACGACGGAAUAAGGAACUUACAAUAAGAAAGUCUGAGAGUGUUUCAACGGCGCGUUCAUUGACGAAACGGGUUUUACAAUUAAACACCCGUCCUGAGCACGUCAUCGCUGCUAAAGGUUCCAAGAAUGUUGUGUCAAUUUCAUCUGCGGAAAAAGGGGAAACAAUUUCCGUUAUUGUAUGCUGUAAUGCUGAAGGGGCAUUUAUUCCUCCCACGGCCAUAUUUAAAGGGAAGAACAAAAAACCUGAAUUUCAAGACGGAAUGCCGCCUGGUUCUAUCGUUUAUAUGUCGGAAAAAUCCGCUUAUGUUAAUAAUAUCAUCUUUUUCAAUUGGUUAAAAGAACAGUUUGUUCCUCGUAAACCAACAGGGAAAGUGUUGUUGCUGCUAGAUGGCCAUUCUUCCCACUGCAGUAAUGUGGAGAUGUUAGAAUAUGCAGUUGAAAACGAUGUUAUUUUGUUUUGCUUACCGAGCCACACCACACAAUUCCUGCAGCCUUUGGACAGAGGUUUCUUUAAAUCGUUCAAAGCAUUUUAUUAUGAAGCAAAUCCAGGAAGACGUAUUACAAGGCUCCAAUUUGGAAAAUUACUGGGUUCUGCCUGGGAGAAGUCAGCGACAAUAAAAAAUGCAGUACCGUAA